AGUGGAAGGAAUCUUGACUGUGACGGUAAAGUUGCUGACGAAAUCGGAGCCUCGGUCAACACUCCGCACUUUUGACUAAUUUCACGGCUCGCAUUUGGUAAGCCGAACAAACACAUAAUAUCAAAGUCUUUUGCUCCAGAUUUCAAGGAUAAAAAUGCCCUCAACGACGCGACGAGAUCUGCUGUCUGCCGCUCUAGGCUUCUGCAACACCUUCGCAGACCAAAAGCCUCCCGAAGAGAUUUUUAGCCACUUCUCUGCCUCCGAUGACGUCCUUGCUCUCGAACAUGGCCUGCCGCAACUAGCGGCAUUUCUGGGGCGAGAGUUUAGGGGGCAGACUGGCCUCAAAGAGUACUUCCAGCUCUUGUCAUCCAAUCUCAAAUACGAGAAUAUGCGCUUCAGUAAUUUCGUGGUCGACCCAGACGUCCUGAAAGUAUCGUGUCGCGGAGAGGCUAGGUUCACCUGGACCAGUACCGGACAGAGCUGGGAUGAGGUGUUUACAUAUGCGCUUGAGUUCGAUAAGGACAACAAGGUCAAGGUGUACGAGAUAUGGGCGGACUCAGGCGCGGCUUAUCUGGCAAGUAAGGGUCAGCUCAAGCAGUAGACAAAAAGCUCUCGGUCAAAUACUGUGGACUUCAAUGCAACGACUGGCGGCUUCCAGCCACCAAACAACACCUGUUCGAGCAUCACCUCAUCCUCGGGUCCAGUACAAAUCGUACGUCGACGAGCAUUUCCUUAUCAUCCUCGUCGAACUUCAGACUAUAGAUGGUCUUCUGAAAGCUCUUGAC